AUGAAGCGCAAAAACAAGGACCAGAGGAGGGCCGAUGGAAUCACCGAUAGAGGUAGUGAUUCGCUGGAGACCAUGCGCCCGAACAAGAAGCAGAGGCUCGGCGGUAGCAGCGGUAGCAAUGAGGAGCGUGAGCCCUCGCCCUACCUGGUGGUAGGCCAUGGGAGUGUGAGCCCUGCCUUCUCCGUGUUCAAGGUGGAACCCUACACCGACGGCGGCGGCGGCGACACCCCGGUGAGCAUCCCGCGCCGCCUCGCCCGCCUCAAAUGCAAACACAACAUGUGUUUCGUCCCUUUGACAUUGAAGGACCGCCGGUGGAUCGUCGGCGUCGGCGGCAGCUCAACCAAGAACUACUACGGCCCGGGGACCAUCGUUUUCGACACCGAGAAGCAGUUGGUGAUCCGGGGCCCGGAACCUAAGUCGAUCAAGAGCCUCCCGAUCCUGCUACCCAUCGACCAGAAGAUCUACUCUCUUUCCCGAAGCCCCUCAGUGAAGGGACCGCUCGAUUACUUGCCCUGGUUCGAGGUCCUCGACCUCUCCCAGGCACAGGCAGUCGACGGCCGUCUAACCAACUGCAAGUGGAGGUCCCUGCAGCGGCCGCCCUUCUUUCCCUGGGAGCUCACCCCACGGCAGUACUGUUGUCCACCGAGGGUUGCCGUCGAGUCAUACGUCGCCGUGGGCUCCCACAUAUUGGUUUCUGUGACCGGACGGGUGGGCACGUACGCUUUUGACACCAAGGGCUCGAAGAAGUGGGUGACGGUGGAUGACCAGAACGACCUGCCGUUCAGCGAUGGUGCCAUCCCGCAUGGCCGUGGGCUCUUCCUUGGCUUAUCAAGCACCACAAAAGCCAUCACUGGAUACAAGAUUAUAAUGGGCACUAGUUCACUCUCUGUUGUUGAGAUUCCUGUGGUGUCCGACUUGGAAGAUGAAGAGCCGGUCGCUCGCUCACACAAUUUCGUGUCCCUGGGGAUUGAUAGUGGCUUCUGCUUGGUGACCUGUUGGAGCGUUGACGAAACGCCGUAUCCCCCGCAUCGCCGGGCGCACAUCAGGGUGAGGACGUACAAAACAGAUGAUUUUGUGGAGUCGGAGGGGAAAUGCUUGGUCGUCUCCAAGCAGUGGAUGCAGGUUUACAAGAUCUGCGAUUUGAUCCGGACACUAGAUGAGCCAUGUCUGGUUGGUGUGGUCUACAUAUGA